AUGUCUAUGCCCAAAUCAGAGAACACCUCCACCCUGGAGAACGCCAUGCAGCUCAUGAUCCAGACCUUCCAUAAGUACUCUGGGAACGAGGGGGACAAAUAUACACUGAGCAGGGCUGAGCUCAAAGAGAUGCUUACCGCGGAGCUCGGCAACUACCUGGGGAAUGCCCAGGAUAAGGAGGCAGUGGAUAAGGUGAUGGGAGACCUAGAUUCCAACAAUGACGGGGAGGUAGAUUUCACAGAGUUCAUCAUACUGGUUGGAGCUCUUACUGUGGCCUGCAACGACUUCUUCCUGGAGUACAAAGACAAGCCAGAGAAGAAGUAGUGAGCACGUCCGCUGCACACCCACACGCUCCAGGGAGGAAGCAGUUCAGGCAGAAGAGAAGGUCAUCAUGUCAUG